AUGCUUAAUCUGCGUUCAUUAGAUCCCCUAAUUGACUUGGCGUUUGAAGAAGAUAUCGGUAUCGGUGAUAUAACAACAGAAGCAACAGUGCCAUCCACACAGGAGGGUGUAGGAACCCUGCUUGCCAAGAGUGGUGGUAUUGUUGCAGGACUGCCGGUCGCUGAACGAGUCUUCGCAAAAUUAGAUGAGAAAUUGUCGUUUCGUGCGCUUGUCACUGAUGGGGACGCUGUGAAGGCGGGAACGCCGAUUGCCGAGGUACAAGGGAGUGCCAAAACCAUUCUGAUCGGUGAACGGACGGCUCUUAAUUUCCUGCAACGGCUCUCUGGGAUAGCAACACUCACAGCCCAAUUUGUAGCGGCAGUCGCCGACUAUGAUACCAAAAUAGUAGAUACCCGGAAAACUGCAGCGGGAUGGCGGGCGGUUCAAAAAUAUGCUGUGCGCGUUGGAGGUGGUUACAACCAUCGCUUUGGGCUUUACGAUGGCGUUCUCAUUAAGGAUAACCAUAUCGUCGCCGCUGGGGGUAUCGAGAACGCUGUGCAGCGCGCACGAGAGGUUGUUCCACACACCGCAAAGAUUGAGAUCGAGAUCGAAACUCUCGAUCAGGUUGAUGAAGCAUUGGAGGCAGGAGCAGACAUCUUACUCCUUGACAAUAUGCCUCCUGCCACUAUGAAGGGUAUUGUUCAAGAGGUGGGUGAUCUUGCAGUGACAGAAGCGUCCGGGGGGAUUACACUGGACAAGGUUAAAACUGUCGCUGCUACUGGCGUAAAUCUCAUCUCCGUCGGGGCAUUGACGCAUUCAGCGAUGCCGAUGGAUAUUAGUCUGACGCUAACGCUUGUUACCGACUAG